AUGGCUUAUAAUUACCGUUUUGCCAUCCUCCUCACUUUCCUCUUCGUCACCGUCGGAUUUUCCGCCGCCGCGUUGGUCGAAGAGCAACCGCUUGUUCUGAAAUACCACAACGGCGUUCUCUUGAAAGGAAACAUCACCGUCAAUCUCGUUUGGUACGGAAAAUUCACACCGAUCCAACGGUCCGUAAUCGUCGAUUUCAUUCGCUCCCUCAACUCCAAAGACGCCGCUCCAUCCUCCUCCGGCGCUGCUCCUUCCGUCGCGUCGUGGUGGAAGACGACGGAGAAAUACAAAGGCGGAUCGUCGACGCUCGUCGUCGGAAAACAGCUUCUCCUCGAGAACUAUCAUCUCGGAAAAUUACUCAAAAAUCCUUACCUACGUGCUUUAUCAACCAAACUUAACGGCGGACUCCGUUCGAUAACGGUAGUUUUAACGGCCAAAGACGUUACCGUCGAAGGAUUCUGUAUGAACCGAUGCGGGACCCACGGAUCAUCUGGCUCGAAAUCGCGUCGCGCGGCUAAUGGCGCGGCUUACGUCUGGGUCGGAAACUCCGAGUCGCUUUGCCCGGGAUAUUGCGCGUGGCCGUUUCACCAGCCGAUUUACGGACCGCAAACGCCGCCGUUAGUUUCUCCUAACGGUGACGUUGGAGUUGACGGAAUGAUUAUAAACCUCGCUACACUUCUCGCUAACACCGUCACGAAUCCGUUUAAAAACGGAUAUUACCAGGGCCCACCAACUGCACCGCUUGAAGCUGUCUCCGCUUGUACUGGCAUAUUCGGGUCGGGUUCUUACCCGGGUUACGCCGGUCGGGUUCUCGUUGAUAAAACAACCGGGUCUAGCUACAACGCCCGUGGACUCGCCGGUAGGAAAUAUCUUUUGCCGGCGAUGUGGGAUCCACAGACUUCAACGUGCAAGACUCUGGUUUGA